UCGCCAAAACUCUAUGAAAACAGUGAAGAACAGCGAGUAAGUAAAAAACCCCAGUCGCCAAAACUCUAUGAAAAUCGUGAAAAAUUGCCAAACGGUUUGAGAGGAUAUUAUGUACAUAGACUUCUUGUAAAUGCUGUUGCAAUGUGGGCUUCGCCUCGUUAUGCUUGGUAUAUUUACAGACUUCUUGACGAAAUUCAUAGACAAGAACGUGAAGAGAUGGAAAAGAAACUUCAAGCAAAAGACAAAAGCAUUCAGAAAAGAAUACCACGUUCGGUACCAAAAGGAAAGGAAAAGAACUAUAAGUAUAUGAUUUAUACUGAAGAGAUGGAAAAUGAAGAAGAUAAAGAUAUGGUUAUGUUGCAUUUAGUCAGAAGAAACAACAAAAGCUUUUACGACCUUGCUAAGAUUUACAAAUCUGACAGAAAUUGGUUCUAUCGCGAAAACUUACCGAUUUCAAUGACACCGAAUGAAGAUGUGAAACAAAUAGUUCAAGAUACGUUACCUCAAACACACUAUGAUAUUAAAGGUUGUACAAUUCUUACCUUCAAAGAAGAUUUGCCAUUGUUAAAGGAAAAAAUAACAGAGUAUUUUGACAACUUCAAACAAGCAGAGUAG